GCCUAAGUGACAUUGGGUGAGGAGACUCCUUGAUAAGGAGGUGCGGCUGGAGAUAGUGAAGACCCAUCAACAGGCAGCAGAUAUUUUCACUAAGCGUCUGGCGGAGGCGGAUCAUUGGAAGGGCAUGAAGCUUGCUGGGAUGAGUGUGCAUUGAGUAUGCAUGCUUGAGAUACCGCCCCUCUUCAUGCGGCAUUGAGCUUCCCGCGCGCACCUGGAUAGUUUCUGCGGGUUGACGAGCCACCCCAACACAACGGCUCUGAAACUUGGGAGAACAAAUUCAGAGGCGAGGCGAGGAGAACAGAACCAGAUCUCUGUCUUGUGAGUUGGUCUCGCGAAGCACUGACCCCCUUGGUCUGCUCAGAAGUCUACAGCUUCUUCUUGUAGGAGGACAGUGUACUUUCAAGUUUAGUAGCUCGACAGAGUUUGGUUUCCAGAUCAGCUUUUUGCAGAAUGGGUCUCAAGCGGCAUGCGUACGAGACACAAACCAACUUCCUACCAGCAUGCCUCCUCGUCGCGUUUUGCCUCUUCGGCGUCUGGCUCUUCGCCAAGUCCGGCCAUCCUCCACCAACGGCCACUGAAGUGAUAAUCGAAACCUCUCGCGUGGGAACCGGCGGGCAGGUUGUCGUGGUGGAGGACAGCGUCGACAUCACCGAGACGCCCGACGCCGAUAUCGGCGAACCUAAGGCCGUAUUUUCCCAACCGGAUUUGUCCGCGGGGGAUGUGGAGAGCUUCCAAUCCGCCGAAUCGGCGUCUAUAGGUGGCGUGUCCAAGUCGCCCAAAGACUCCGAACCCAUGGAGGAGGAGCCGGAGUUGGCGUUUGAGUACUCGCUGUGCGCCGACAAGGGCGUGGACCACAUCCCGUGCCUCGACAACGAGAAGGCCAUCGCCGCGCUCAAGUCGCGCUCGCACUACGAACACCGCGAGCGGCACUGCCCCACGGGCGACGACACUCUGCAGUGCCUGCUGCCUCUGCCCAGCGGCUACAAGCCCCACAUCAACUGGCCUGAGUCCAGGGAUCAGAUCUGGUACGACAACGUGCCGCACCCGAAGCUGGCGUCGUACAAGGCGGACCAGAACUGGGUGAAGCCGGAGGGCGACAAGUUCAUCUUCCCGGGCGGCGGCACGCAGUUCAAGUACGGCGCCACCAAGUACAUCGAGUGGUUGCAGGAGGCCGUGCCCUUCCUCAGCUGGGGCAAGCACAUCCGCACGGCGCUCGACAUGGGCUGCGGCGUCGCCAGCUUCGCGGCGUACCUGGAGCCGUUCAGCACGCGCGUGAUGUCGGUGGCGCCCAAGGACGAGCACGACGCGCAGAUCCAGUUCGCGCUCGAGCGCGGCGUCAGCGCCAUGAUCGGCGUCAUGGGCACGCAGCGCCAGCCAUACCCGUCGAACGUGUUCGACAUCGUGCACUGCGCGCGGUGCCGCGUGCCGUGGCACCGCGAGGGCGGCAAGCUGCUGCUGGAGCUCAACCGCGUCAUCCGCCCCGGCGGCUACUUCGUGUGGUCCGCCACGCCCGUCUGCCCCAAGUGCAAGGCCAAGGAGCCCGACGACAAGGAGAUCUGGGAGGCGAUGUCGGAGCUGACGGCGAACAUGUGCUGGCGCAAGGCGGCCAAGGAGAUCAACAUGGCGUUCGGCGUGGGCGUGAUGGUGUGGCAGAAGCCCACGGACAACGACUGCUACGACAGCCGCGACGAGGGCACCGUGCCGCCCAUGUGCCCCGAGGAGGAUAACGCCGACGCCGCCUGGUACGUGCCGAUCCAGGCGUGUAUGCACCGCGUGCCCACUAAGGAGAAGACACGUGGCGUGGGGUGGCCGGUGGAGGGCAAGGACCGUCUGAGCGUGGUGCCCGCGUGGCUGGAGGGCGUGCAAAAGGGCAUCUACGGGCGGCGCGCGGCGGUGGAGUUCGACGCGGACAAGGCGCAUUGGCUGCGCGCGUACCGCACGUACCUCACGGAGAUGGAGAUCGAGUGGGCUUCCGUGCGCAACGUCAUGGACAUGGACGCACACUACGGCGGGUUCGGCGCCGCCCUGGAGGCGUCGGCGAAGCCGGUGUGGACGAUGAACGUGGUGCCGGUGACGAGCCCCGACACGCUGCCCAUCAUCUUCGACCGCGGGCUGCUGGGCGUGUACCACGACUGGUGCGAGUCGUUCAACACCUACCCCCGCACCUACGACAUGCUGCACGCCGACCGCCUCCUCGGCUCCUUCGCCACCAGCUCCAAGUGCGGCGUGGCGGACGUGAUGCUGGAGAUGGACCGCAUCCUGCGGCCGCUGGGCUACGUGAUCGUGCGGGAGGUGGACGCGUCGCACAUCAAGCUCAUCCAGGCCGUGGCGCGCGGCAUGCACUGGGACGCCGUCUCCAGCAUCCAGAAGCACAACGAGACGCUCCUCACCUUCCGCAAAACCAUGUGGCGGCCCGACCCCGCCGUGGACGCCACCAAGUCGGAGGAGUGAAUGGGGAGAGAAGACGGAGAAAGAAGGCGUCGUGAGUGGAUUGUGGUUUGAGGAGACGAGAGGGAAUGGACCUUGGGGGUCUGCCCGUGGGUCUAGCCCUUCCAUUGGUCUUACUAUACUAGCUUGUCUGUUGCUCUAGCAUUAUAGCUGCCCCUUAGGGAGUUUGAUUCAUUCUUCUUUCCUGACAAGUUUUAGGUAUACUUUAAUAUUGAUCUCAACAUAGUCUAUCGUCUUGGGUUGGUAGCAAUAAUCUAGUGUGAGACAU